AUGUUUACUAGAACUAGAUUUGUCACGCAUCGUUUGUCCCACGUUGCAGGACGUAAAUUUGGGUCAAGUUACUCUCAAAUCCCAAAGCUGAGUUCACUGCAAGAGUUCCAAGAACAAAUCUUGGAUUCCAAGAACGGUGUUAAAGUAAUCGACUUCUAUGCAACUUGGUGUGGACCUUGCAAAGCUAUGACCCCUCACAUCUCUAAAAUGAUGCAAGAAUAUCCUAGUGUGGAUUUCUACAAAGUGGAUGUUGAUCAAGCUAUGGAUGUGGCCCGGAGCUGUGAUAUCAGUGCCAUGCCCACUUUCAUGCUAGUCAAGGACGGUAGAAUCACUUCAAAGGUGGUUGGUGCUAACCCUGCGGCUUUAGAGAACGGGAUUAAGGAUACUCUGUGA